AGUAUUAUUGUGUGACGAACGGCGUUCAACGAUCGGGCAGAAUAUCCGAAAAUUAUUAGCAGGAUAUUGGACGUACCUUACUAUCUAAGAAGUGAAAGAAUGGCUUACUUGAAAUGUGAAGACAUCCCCUAUAGUGGAGCGUUAGAGUCGGUUAAGCGUAGGUAUGUAUGUAAGUAUGCCCAACUGGAACGCUGAAGGUACCAGUUUCGCUUUGCAGUUAGAGAAUAUCAUAUUUUCCUCGCAAAUAAAUAGGCCGCAGAGGAGAAAGUCAAAUGCAUACCAAGUCACUCGUUUGGCUUCCCUUUUCGGUGGCGGCCAAUCAUUCAAGAUGCCACCACUGAUGAACCCAGUAUCGCGCUUAAGCCAACGGGAUGGCCCUAUUUCAAAAAACGGCUCCAGUUGGCUGCGAGGUCGACAGUCACCGCGAAAUAGUGUCAUCUUUACUUCAUCAACCGAUAGUGUUCCCGAAAGUAGCUCAUCCGUAAGACAGCCGCCAACAGCACCGAGACGAUUGAAUUCAACUAUGAGAGCGACGGCAGAUAUAAUCAUAGCGAUCAUGGGUAGAACCGGCUGCGGGAAAUCCAGUUUCGCUUCAAGGCUAGUCGGGGAGGAUUGUGUGAAUGCAAUUGGACAUAAUGUUAGAUCUGUCCAGGAAGCUCAUUUAUUUCAGGAGAUAGAAUGUAUAGUCAAGGAACGCAAGAUACUGGUUAUCGACACGCCAGAUUUCGAUGAUACAGCCAACGAAGAUGUGGUUCUCGAGCGUAUGUCGAAAUGGUUACAAGAUCCAUACGGUGGCAACAAGUCCCUAACCGGAAUUAUAUAUAUGCACGACAUAGACGGUCCCCCUAUUGAAUGUCCCUCUAUGAAAUUUAUCAUGCUACUAAGGACAAUCACCGGCCAAAACGACAUGAACAAUGUCGUACUGCUCACAACGAAAUGGGGCGAAUCCAAUAGCAGCCAGCAGAAAGCGGUCGAGCAGGAGUCCCGGCUUCUUCAAGGGAAUAGUUUCUGGAAUCUUAUGAAGGAAUAUGGCGCGACAGUAAUGAGAGACCAUGGUACAAAAGCGUCAGCCGAGAGUAUUGUACUCGGCCUUCUUCAAAAAGCCCGUGCUACGAAGGCUGCCCUCUGCAGGCCAGUGAUCGACAGCACAUACGUUAGCGAGGAGCGAAUGGGGCCGUUACGACAAGCGGAGAGUAGCAGCUCUCUAAGAGACGAGUUAAAGGUAAUUAUGUGUAGAAAGAUCAGACUAGCGGAAAGUCGACUUCGGAAGCAUUGCGAUAAGAGGAUCGACAAAGUGGAGAGAACCCAGAAACGGAAUAGGAUGCGGGUUGUUACACAACGAAGGGGGACUGCCGCAAAGGUAGAAUCCGACGAAACCGAGUGGGAAGAAUUUGAGCAAAAUUUGAAUCACCACCAGGAACUAUCAGUCAUAGUAGUUGCUUUGAUUGUAUUGAUUGGGAUGAUCCUAACAUUGUUCUGGGAGCUGUCGUUGUUAUGUACACAAUUAGUUAACUAUCUACCUAGGUACCUAGCGAUUUAUUACAAGGCGGCUUAGGAGGAGGAUACCCCAGAGGAGACGUACCUAAGAUGUAGGUCACAACACCCCAACCGGGCGGGUAUGUUCGGCU